AUGGUAGCAGUGAUUUUAAAUGCAGACAGUUUCAGUAUGGGCAACACACUGAGAGCAAUCAUUGCCUUCAUCCCUUCUGAUGACUGCCAGAAAUACCUCCUGGGAGACCUUGAAGAGAUGCCAAUUGAUAGAAUGGUGGAUCUGAGCAGCAGGCAGCUGAGGAGAUUUCCCUUGCAUGUUUGUUCUUUCAGGGAGCUCGUCAAGCUGUACCUGAGUGACAAUAACCUGCACCAGCUGCCCCCAGAGCUAGAACAGCUGCAGAACCUCCAGAUCUUGGCGUUAGAUUUCAACAACUUCAAAGCGCUGCCCCUGGUGGUGUGCACCCUGAAGCAGCUGUGCAUCCUCUACCUGGGCAACAACAAGCUCUGCGACCUGCCCCAGGAGCUCAGUCUCCUGCAGAAUCUCAAAACCUUGUGGGUUGAGUCCAACUGCCUGAGCCACCUGCCCGAGGUGGUGUGUGAGCUGAGCCUCCUCAAGACCCUGCACGCCGGCUCCAAUGCGCUGCACACGCUGCCCGCCGGGCUGCGGUGCCUGCAGGAGCUGCGCACCAUCUGGCUCUCCGGCAACCUGCUGGCUGACUUCCCGCCGGUGCUGCUGCACAUGCCAUUCCUGGAGGUGAUUGACGUGGAUCGCAACGCCAUCAGGUCAUUCCCCAGCCUGGCUCACCUCCCCGGCCUCAAGCUGGUGAUCUACGACCACAACCCCUGCAGGAAUGCGCCCAAGGUGGCCAAGGGGGUGCGCAGAGUGGGGAGGUGGGCAGAGGAGACCCCCGAGCCCAGGAAGCGCUCCGAGCUGGGCAGGGAGGAGGAGACCGACAGCAAGGAACCGCCACUUCCCCCUGACAAGCAGCCCCAGCCCUGCUAAGGAUCAGCCAGGAGGCUCUUGCUGGUGCUGCUGUGGGCAGCUGGCAAAUUGUCACCUGCGCCCUUCUCCUCUGGCUGCGUGGGAUUUGCGCACCUCCAGCUGGUUACAGCAAA